AUGGAAAUGCUUCGCUGUUAAGGAGAGAUGUGGGAAAAAAAGGAGAGGAGAAGAAUGCGCUGCUUUGGUCAUCCACUGUGGCUCCCGGACUGUCCGGCUGGGAAGGUCUGGGAUUUUGGCGGAGGUUGCGUGCAUUGGGAGAACUAGGCAAUAUCUACAGCUGUAGCCCUCACAUCUGGGCAAGAAGCAGCAGGAGCUCAAGGGUUGGGUGAAAAGGUGAGGGUCCUUCUGACGAAGGGUGGGGGAUCUUAGAGCAGUGGCAGAGAUGAAGAGAGGUCUCUUUAUGGGAGAGUGGGAAGGGCAGGUUGAGCUUGGCGGUCUCUUCUUUUUUUUUUUUCUUUUCAUCUUUUUCUCAUUUCAGUUCUGCUUGAAUCACUCAACAAGAAUGAGCAAUCAGCCAAUGGCCAGUCCCAAUCCAGGGAGUCCACAAAUCCUCAGUUCAAGAAAAUGAGUGGAGACUUCCCAUCGGCCAACGGAGAGGCUGGGGGGGAGGCCCCCAAGGGCUACACUCAGGACCAGGUGGAUGCAGUGAAGAGGGUAAAGCAAUGCAAAGAUUACUACGAAAUUCUGGGAGUAAACAGAGAAGCUUCUGAUGAGGACCUGAAAAAGGCUUACCGGAAACUUGCACUGAAAUUUCACCCAGAUAAGAACCACGCACCAGGGGCUACAGAGGCAUUUAAAGCCAUUGGUAAUGCGUAUGCAGUGUUGAGCAACCCAGAGAAGAGGAAGCAAUAUGACCAGUUUGGAGAUGAGAAACUCAACCCUGCUCGGCACGGACACAGUCACUCGGACUUCCACCGCGGGUUUGAGGCAGACAUCUCCCCCGAGGACCUCUUCAACAUGUUUUUUGGUGGUGGUUUUCCUUCUAGUAAUGUUCACGUAUACAGCAAUGGCAGGAUGCGAUAUACCUACCAUCAGAGGCAGGACAGACGAGAACAUCAGGGUGACGGUGGCCUUGGGUUGUUUGUCCAGCUGAUGCCUAUCCUCAUCCUGAUCAUUGUGUCUGCUCUCAGCCAGAUGAUGGUCUCCAGCCCACCCUACAGUUUGAGCCAGAGGCCGUCUGUGGGUCACAUACACAGGAGAGUGACAGAGCACUUGAAAGUCGUCUACUACGUAUCCGAGAACUUUGCAGAUGAAUACACGGGCACGAACCUGAAAAAUGUUGAAAGGAGUGUGGAGGACGACUAUAUUGCAAACCUUCGAAAUAACUGCUGGAAAGAGAAGCAGCAGAAGGAAGGCUUGUUGUACCGGGCACGCUACUUCGGAGACUCGGAUCUGUACCAGCGAGCACAGAAGAUGGGCACUCCCAGCUGUAGCAGACUGUCAGAUGUUCAAGCCUCUCUGCACGGAUAGUCACCGCCUGCCCGCUCAGCAGAGGUCUAAACUCUUGGAAUGCCUGAAGACUUUUGGUGAAGUGCACUGAGCCGAGGUGACAGACUUGAUAUUUAAAAGAAUCAAACCUUAUCUUAAAAAUGGAAUUGGAGAAUUAGCAACGCACAACUGCCCUCUUUCUUCUCUCUGCCUGUCUCCGCCGUUCGACCUACGUCUCAGGCAGCGAUUAGGACAGGAAAUCAAGCUGCCCGUCUUCCUCCUUCCCCUCCGACACUGCUAGCGUGCGACAGUCUCGUUGCUCCUGGGAUCCCACAACCCCGAGAACAAACGCGUAGAGUGUAAAAUAACACUAACUGCAGAAGCCAUGAAGCAAAAGGAGACCCUUCGCGACUGCGCUGGUCACUGCCGACGGAGAGAGAAAUUUGACAAUUUGGUGAUAAAAGAAAACUUUAGAUUAAAGAGAAGAAAAUAUAAUCUAUUUAGAAUUAAUUUAUAGCUGUAUAUAUAUUGUACUUUUAAACUAUGCAGGGGUUGGAUGAUUAAAUUAUUUUGUUUUCUGCCUGGUUUGGUAAACAGGGAAGCGGGAAGUCUCUUCCCAGGGUGUCUCGCUCUGCAGCGCUUUCCUGCCUGACACACUAAAACAAGAAUCACUUCGCAGUUACUGUAUUUUGCUUUCUGGAGGACUGCGGCCUUCUGCGGCUUAGGAUGUCGAUACCUGCCUUUCGGGUUUUAAUAAAAGAAAUUCCAAAUCUGCAGGGGGUAACAAAAGAAAUCGGGGAGACUGUCCAGAUUUGUGGUGUGGUUUUGCAGUGUUGGCAGAAGCUGCAGCGGGUCAGCUGAGCCCCGGCGUCGCACUCGGUGACGGGAAGGAUUGUCCUGGAUGGUUUUUGCUCAUCAGUUGUUGGGUUUAUUUGUGCACUUAACUUCUUUUUUUGCAGAGUCUGCUUUUAUUUUGCCUCGUAAUCAGCGUGCGGCAUUCGUUCUGUAAAGAGGGCUUUCCAUGAGCCGU